GUAAUAGGAAGCUUGUUCUUCAUGAGCUCAAAGUCGUUUUCCUCACGUUCACAGACGUGACAGUCAUGAUGAGGAGCUCUGUGUUGUUUUGCCUGGCUGUCAGCUUUGCCAUGUUUGGAUUUGGCCUCUCGCUGCAGUGUUACUCCUGCCCCGAUGGGCCCUCCAACAGCUGUGAAGUCAAACAGGAGUGUAACCAAGAUGAAGACAGCUGCCUCAAACUCACCAGUGGUGAAAAGACCUACUCUAGAUGCCUGAGGUACACAGACUGUGACUUCAUGACUCUGGCAGUCAGAUAUUCCCUCGCUGACUUUGACUUUGACUGCUGUCAGUCAAAACUCUGCAAUGGCCCAAAAAAAAGCUUUCUUCAGAAAUUUAAGGAUUUGUUUGGUUAAAUAAAUACAAAAAGUGAACCAUGUUUGACUGAUGAGACAUAAAUAAACUGAAGGGUCUACUGGUCACAUUUUUCUACAUUCAUUGACGCUGCAAACAAUUUCUUCUCUGUUGCAUUAUAAAAGUUGUAUUUACUUAAGACAUUACAAUAUAAAUCAUAUAUCUUACAAUUAGUGUCAUUUAUUUUGAGUGCUUUGUGAUAUUCAGUAUUUCUUUCUAAAGUUCCUGAACAAACUUGAUUUGAGAAAAUGUUGAAGUCAUGCUAUCACUUUCAUAUUAAGGCACAAUUUAUAAAGAGUUUAUAAGUUGUUAACAUUUAGAUUCAGAUGUAUUGACUUGAGACUAAGAAUGCACUGUAUAGAGUUCAAGUAAGCCCCAAAACCUCUGCUCGACCAGCCUCAUCUCACUCCCAGUGCGUCAAAUACUGACUCUUGGGCAGUGGUCCAGAUGCACCUUCAGCAUAUGAGGCUUUCAACGAACUCCAAAAGCCAUAUGCUAACUUGAAUGGGGAUUAAAUUAUGAAAUUAUUUAAUUGGCUUUUCAAAUGUUCAGACCAAAUUGAUCAAUAACAACAGUAGCGACGUAGUAGGCUAUGGCAAAGCCUACUCCGUCAAAGCCUAUUUUGAUAUUUGCACAAGUGCAGAUCAAAUGUAUCACUUUUCAGAUAGACAACGGAAAAUAGAUCCUGUAGACAGAGCAUUGAAACUAGUGAAGCACUACAAAAGAAUAUUCUGAAGAAGAUCAUAAAGUCAAAGAAUGUACGAGUGUCUGCUGACGCCCUUGAACAUGAUUAAGAUUCAUUUUCCUUUAUUCCUCUUCAACCGAUUAUAGAAUCAUGUGAUGUUUCUGCAGCAGUGAGUGAGAACAAUGUAUUAAUAUGUUGACUUUAAUCCAAAAAAGGACAACAUGUUACCUAAAAUAAUGUGUGUGUGUGUGUGUUUGUGUGUGUGUUAUUCUAUCUUAAGGGUGUCUUCACAAGCGACCAAACAAGACUGUUAUGAGGACAUGUACUCUGGAUACAAAACUGAUUUUUAAAUGUAUAAAGUCAAAGUUUUAUAGGGAAUCAUUCCACGUCAAUGUGCUUGCAAGCAAGUGAUGCUAUUUUAUGCAAAAUGUGUGUGUGUGUGUGUUACAACCCUGUCCAGGUGGCUAGAUAAUUAAAAACAUUUCUCACACUUGAAUUUACAUCGAAAUCUCAAUGAUAACAUCUGGCUGAGCACAGGAGGAAAAGACCAGGUGUGUGUGUGUGUGUGUGUGGUGUGUGUCUGUGUGUGUGUGUGUGUGUGUGUGUGAGAAAGAGCAACUCAAAUGAGCUUUGUUGGGUGGAAUCUGGGAUCUUUAGGUCAUGUAUGAGGACGUAACAAAGAUUGCUAAGUGAGAUAUGCAUUAAAAAAAUUUACUGGC